CCUAAGCCACAACCCAGUAGCUUCCACUUUCCUUUCUUGAUUCACACAAGUAGGAUAAUAAAAUCAUUACUCAACCACCACUCUGCUAUUGACUUGUUUGAGACACAGUUUUUCAAGCUUGAAACGUAUGGCGUCCUUUGUAGGCGAUGAAGCCUCUUCUAGCUCAUUAAUGCCACGACCAUGCACCUAUAAGGUGUUCUUGAGUUUCAGGGGAAAAGACACUCGCAAGGGAUUCACUAGUCAUCUCUAUGCCGCACUCGUCAACAGGGGAAUCACAACUUACAUUGAUGACAAGAACCUUCCAAAAGGCGAUCUUAUUUCCCAUGAACUCCUCAAAGCAAUUGAAGAGUCUAUGUUUGGUGUGAUAGUUCUCUCACCAAACUAUGCUUCAUCCACAUGGUGCUUGGAUGAGCUCCAGAAGAUUGUUGAGUGCAACAACAACCUGGGGCUGCAGAUUGUGGCAGUGUUCUAUCAUGUCAAGCCUUGUGACGUCAGGCAUCAAAUUGGAGCCUUUGAAGAAGCUUUCAAGAAACAUGAACUAAGAUUUGGACAAGAGAGUGACAGAGUUAGAAGAUGGAGAAACGCGUUAAAACAAGUUGCCAGUUAUUCAAAUUGGGACUCUGAACAAUUCAAGAACGAGGCCAUACUCGUUGAAAGUAUUGCUCAACAUAUACAUGAAAGAUUGAUUAUGAAAUUACCAUCUUCUAUGAAGAAUCUAGUAGGGAUUGAUUCAAGGUUGGAACAAGUUGUUAGACACAUUGGUCUUGGGGGGAAUGAUGUUCGCUUCAUUGGCAUAUGUGGAAUGGGUGGCAUAGGUAAGACAACUAUUUCUAGAAGAGUCUAUGAAACCAUUAGAAGUGAAUUUAAAGCUAGUUGCUUUCUUGCCAAUGUAAGAGAGACAUGUGAGAAAAGAGGUAUUGUUCAAAUCCAGAAACAACUUCUUGAUCGUACGAACAUAAAUUCUGAUACUAGUUUCCACGAUGAGUUUGAGGGAAAAGCUAUUAUUUGUGACUCUUUGUGCCACAAGAAGGUCCUUCUAGUUCUCGAUGAUGUAGACGAUGGAGGCUUAUUGGAGAAUUUGGCUGGUGAGCAAGAUUGGUUUGGUCCUGGAAGCAGAAUAAUAAUCACAACUAGAGAUAAACAUGUACUAGAAGUGCACGGAGCAGUCAACAGAAUUUGUAAGGUUGAAGGGUUAGAGCAAAAUGAAGCACUUGAACUCUUUUGUUUGAAAGCUUUUAAAAGGCCAAAACCUGAAGAAGGGUAUAUGGAUUUGUCCAAAGAAGUGGUUGAGUAUUGUGAUGGUCUUCCCUUGGCACUCGUAGUAUUGGGUUCCCAUCUUUGUGGACAAACCAUUGAUGUUUGGCGCAGUGCUAUUGAGAAAAUAAAGAGCUUUCCUCAUGACAAAAUUUUUAAUACAUUGAAAAUAAGUUAUGAUGGUUUAGAUCAUUCGGAAAAGAAUAUCUUUUUAGAUAUUGCUUGCUUUUUCAAAGGACGUGAGAAAGAUUAUGCAACAAAUAUAUUGAGAAGGUGUGGUUAUCAUGCUGAAGCAAGCAUUUCUGCUUUAAUAAAUAAAUCUUUGCUCAGUAUAAUAAAUGAUGAUAAGUAUGCCGAUAUGUUGGGGAUGCAUGAUCUGCUUCAAGAUAUGGGCAAACAUAUUGUAAUUCAAGAGUCUCGUGAUGAUCCUAGCAGGCGAAGUAGAUUGUGGUCUUACACGGAUGUUGAUCUUGUACUUGCACAAAACAAGGAAAAUGAAGCAACUCAUAGCAUCGUUCUAUAUAAUAUGUACUCGGAGAUUGAAAGAAAUUGGGGAGAUUUGGAUAUAAGAGAUUUAUCUUUUUCAAAUAUGUUCAAGCUAAAGCUUCUCAUUUUAGAUGGCGUGAAAGUUCCCAUUCUCUGCAAUAUUCCUUGUACAUUAAAGGUUUUGCACUGGAAAGGUUGUCCAAUGGAAACUCUGCCCUUUACAGAUGGACGAUAUGAACUUGUUGAAAUUGAUUUGUCUUAUAGCAAAAUUGUACAGUUAUGGGAUGGAAAGAAGGUUCUAAAACUGUUACAGCACUUGAAUCUAUCCUUCUGCGACAAGCUGAAGCAAACGCCAGAUCUUUCUGGGGCGCCCAAUCUUAAAACACUUAAUCUUCAUAGGUGUGAGGAGUUGAAUUAUAUUCAUCCAUCUCUCGCACACCACAAAAGCCUUGUUGAAUUGAAUUUAAUGAACUGUAAGAGUCUUGAAACACUUGGUGAUAAAUUGGAGAUGAGUUCACUCGAAAAACUAUAUCUGUUCUCCUGCAGUAGUUUGAGAAGACUGCCAGAAUUUGGGAAAUGCAUGAAACAGUUAUUGAUUCUUAAUCUGACACUUACAGGUAUAGAAGAGUUACCGACGACGCCUGGAAGGUUGGGUGGCGUAUCUGAGUUGGACUUGAGUGGAUGCAGAAAGCUUACUAGUCUUCCCUUAUCACUUGCAUGUUUUGUUGGCCUAAAGAAGUUAGAGUUAAGUCGAUUUGUGGAGCUUAGUUGUGUUCCAUACAGCACUCAUGGGUUAGAGUCCCUCACAGCUUAUGAUAAGUCUGACAACCCAAAUAUAGUUGGACUUUUGUGUUCUCUCUCUCGCCUCACCUCUUUGAGUACCCUGAAAUUAUACCGAUGUUUUCCCACUUCUAGAAAAGAGUGGAACCUUUACUACAAUCUUGGCCACUUAACGUCCUUGACGGAUUUGGAUUUAUCACGCAACUAUUUUUUAAGAGUUCCAAUAAGUAUCCAUGAACUUCCCAGGCUUACACGUUUGAAUCUAAAUGAUUGUCGUUUUCUGAAGGUUUUACCAGAGCUUCCAUCAAGUCUACGAGAAUUACAGGCACAGCGUUGUCAUUCACUGGAUGCAUCCAACGUGAAUGAUGCGAUAUCAAAGGCGUGUUGUGGCUUUGCAGAAUCAGCUAGCCAAGAUCGUGAAGAUGUCUUGCAAAUGUUGAUCCCUGGGAAGGAAAUUCCAGCUUGGUUUGAGCAUCAGGAACAAGAUGAUGGAGUAUCAGUGUCAUUCCCGCAUAAUUGCCCUUCAACUGAAAUCAUCACGCUUGCUCUCUGUUUCCUAUUAGAUGGUUUCACGUUCUUACAAGAACAGCCAUCGGUGGUCUGCAACGGUAAAGAAUUCAUCAACACGAGUUUAUUGAAGAUGUCACCGGGGACAUCUUCUAAGCAAUUGUUCAUUGUCUGCCUGAACGGUUUCUGUUUUAGUGAGCAGUUAUGCCAAGACAAUCGCUUCCAAAUGCUAGUUCCUUCUUGUGGUUACUUUAAUAAUAUCCGAGUGCUUAGAUCUGGAGCAUGUUGGGUGAUUAAGCAAGACAGUGAAGGUUUCAAGAAAAGAAAAUCCAAAACAGGGAAAAGGAAAGCAACUCUUGAACUGGAGAUUGACAUGAUGUCACAUUCUUCACCUUCCAGGAAUAAGAUGUUGGUGGUUGCCCCUCCACUUAAUGAACUAGAGGAAUAGCGUGCCUCCCACAGCUGAGGGCGCUAUUUGCCGUUUGGCAUCUGGCAAAAGCUUUGACCCACCUCAACUCUUAUCUCUCUUCCCUUUGCAUCCCGCUUCCCACAGCACUUAGUUCUCACAGCUCAUCAGCUUAGAUCUCUUCAGCUAAAUGGUUCCCCAGAUUUGAAGCUUUUGAUAGGCCUCAUUGCAUCCAUCCAACUGCCAUGGGAACCCCAGAAAGAAAUAUAAAUCUUGGGCACAAACGGAACAAGGGAAGGGCGUAUAUAUAUUUGGGGGCUGAUACUAGUCGUUCUUUAGAGGUCUUGUGCUUACGAAAUUUGGCCAUUUGUUUCUUAUGGAGAAUUAUAUCUACUGAAGCUCUCCUUUAUGUCACGUUCAAGGUUGCUUCAGUUAGUCCUCAAAAAUCAGUGGAUGGAUGCAAGGAGAUCUGUCAAAAGCUUCAGAUCUGGCGAACCAUUUAGCUAAAGAUAUCUAAGGUUGGCAAUCAUACAUGGAAUAUAUUGAGAAACCUGUGUCAUGAGCUAUGCGAACUAAGUGCUGU